CUCAUAGGAGUUGAAUGGAACAAUAAAACUAAACUAGACUCUGAAAAUGCAGAUGGAAUUUCAAUUGGUGAUUCAGUUCAUGCUUCUAUAUCUUGUAAUUCAUCAAAGUUUUGAAAUGACCAACAAACAAACGAGGUAGUGUGAAUACAGUAAGCCUACUUCUACAGCUGAUAUCCAAAUUGAAUAAAAGAAGAACUACAUUCUGAGACUUUCCCCUGGGCUGGUUGCAGCAAGAGGUUCCAAAAAAUACCCAUCUGUUCCACCCAAGUAAACCUACUCAACUAUCCAGCAGAAUAAGUACAUGCUCUUUGAUGUUAAGGGGAGCAACGACUAAACUAAGUUCAAUUAUGAUCAAGAUCAACUAACCUGAAUCUCAUGGUUCAGUUGAGGAAUUGCAGUUCAGGUGCUCACCAACUCCAUCUCAACAGCUCCACAGGUCGAGCAGAGAGACUCAAAGCCGCACUAGCAAAAGCUAUAUAUACUCUCAAGUUUUCCACUCCCUUCACCAUCAUCAAACUCCAUUUCAAAACCUUCACAAUCCAUAUCCCUUCCCAAAAUUCCAACUAGUUUCGCCUUCUGUAAUCCCAAUGGCGAAACCCUUUGCCAGUAGCUUCUGCCUUCUCCUUCUGGCAGCCAUUGCUCUAAUGUCCUGUGCCAAUGCUGCCAGACUCCUUGACGAGCUCAACCCAACUCCCUCUUCAGCAUCAACUCUGGCUCCCACCACCGCAUUACCAAGCGGCCCGAUCCCCGCCGCCGCCGCGCCGGUAGAUGAUGACGACUCCGACGAAUCAGCUGACCCACCACUCCCCGACACCGAAAUCACUCCUCCAGCGGUCCCCGCCCCUGCCGCCGACGAAGCACCGCCGGCCACUCCUCCUCCUGUUGCAGAGGAGGAAGCCCCAAUUCCCAGCCCCACCGCUCUUCCAGCUUCUCCGGCGGCAGCCACCACGGCCGCCACGGUGGCAGCAGGUGCCCCAGCGCUGUCCUUCUUUAUGCACGACAUCCUGGGAGGAACCCACCCGUCGGCCAGAGUAGUCGCCGGGCUAAUCGCGAGAACCGACAUCAACGGAAUCCCAUUCUCCACCCCAAACAACAACAUCUUCCCGCUCCAAGGAGGAACCCCAUUGCUGAAUCCGAACAACAUCAACAACCUAAUCAACCCAAACACCGCCCCCUUAAUGACCGGCCUGAACCCCGGCAGCGCCAGAUCCCAACAGACCACCAACACCGUCCUCCAGAACGCCGGCAGCGGCGGCAGCAGCGUCGUCAAUCCGGCGAGCGGCAGCCAGCCGUUCGUCACCGCCGGGCAGCUCCCCGCGGGGCUGACCCUCCAGAAGCUGAUGUUCGGGUCGAUUACGGUGUUCGACGACGAAUUGACGGAGGGCCACGAACUUGGGUCGGCGGUUUUGGGGAAGGCGCAAGGGUUCUACCUGGCGAGCUCGCUGGACGGGACCAGCCACACGCUGUCGCUGAGCUUGUUGCUGCACGGACACGGCGGGGAGAAAGAGCAUGAGGCGGUGGAGGAUACGAUUAGCUUCUUCGGGAUUCACAGGAACGCGUCGCCGGUGUCGCACAUCGCGGUGGUGGGCGGGACCGGGAAGUAUGAGGAUGCCAAAGGGUACGCGACGAUUGAGACGAUUCAGCAGGAGGAUCAGCAUGUUACCGAUGGGGUGGACACCAUUACCCAUAUCAAUGUUUAUCUCUCUGAGUAGAAGGGAGAGGAGGAAGAAGAGAGGGAAAUGGGGCUUUGGGUUUCAUCUUUCAAUUGUGUGCUCUACUUGUGAGAAUUUGUAUUUCUUUGGACUUUAUAUGGUUAAUUAAUCUACCGAUGUUAUGGUAAAUCACAAAACCUCAAUAGUAAUGACGAGCAGGUUUUUUACUAAACAUAUAGUAAUAACGAUAGUUAGUAAAUACUCCGUUUAAUACACGUAUAUAUAUUCG